CAUGCGAGUAGAAUCGGUGACUCGAUGAGGUGUGGCAUCAUGUAAUUUUGCUGAGAAGUGAAAAAAAGUUCCGACGCAGAUUUUACACUCCGGCAUAUCAGUCCUGCUUGCUUUUCUGAACUGAAAGUGCAAAGUACCCAAACCCUGAUUGCUUAUUCAUUGGGUCACAUUCAUAACACUUCACUGAGCAUCCUUCUUCCUUGAAAAAUGGCCUCUACAUUCAUCAGGAGACUGGCGAAAGCCGCUCCAAUUGGGUAUUGGGGGCAACCAAAGUCCAAUUACGGUGGGUUUCGCAUUCCUUUUGGAGCAAUUGCAGCAGUUUCUGGUGGAAUCUCCUAUCUGUACUACUACUCCUCUCCAAACUUGGCUUACCUUGAUCAAGUCAAAGAAGGGGAUGCUCAAAAAGUUGCUCUUAAAUCCAAUAAAUGGAUUGAAUUUAAGUUGCAAGACACUGCAAGAGUUAGCCAUAAUACUCAAUUAUUCAGGUUCUCAUUUGAUCCCUCUGCUAAGUUGGGUUUAGACAUUGCCUCAUGCAUCCUUACAAGGGCUCCAUUAGGACAAGAUGCUGAAGGAAAAACAAAAUACGUUAUACGCCCGUAUACUCCUAUAUCAGACCCAGAUGCUAAGGGAUACUUUGACUUAUUAAUCAAGGUUUAUCCUGAGGGCAAAAUGAGUCAGCAUUUUGCCAGCUUAAAGCCUGGUGAUGUUGUUGAAGUUAAAGGGCCCAUUGAAAAGCUUAGUUAUUCUCCCAAUAUGAAGAAACACAUUGGCAUGAUUGCAGGUGGUACAGGCAUUACUCCAAUGCUUCAAAUAAUUGAGGCUAUCCUUAAGAAUCCCGAUGACAACACUCAGGUCUCCUUGCUUUAUGCCAAUAUCUCCCCUGAUGACAUCCUACUUAAACAGAAGCUUGACUUCCUCGCGGCUAGCCACUCAAAUUUAAAGGUAUUCUAUACAGUAGACAAUCCAUCAAAAAACUGGAAAGGAGGUGUAGGAUACAUAUCCAAGGACAUGGUUUUGAAAGGCUUACCUAGUCCUAGUGAUGAUACACUUAUCCUGGUAUGUGGCCCACCCGGAAUGAUGAAACACAUAUCUGGUGAUAAGGCUAAAGACUAUUCACAGGGAGAGCUCACUGGCAUACUUAAAGAACUGGGAUAUGCUGAGCAAAUGGUUUACAAAUUCUAAUAGAGCCAUUUAAGCAUGUUAAGAACCGCUUUCGGAUGAUGGGAUCUGAAUAAAUGUUCAGAGAGGAGUCAUUGUGAUUUUAACCACAUUGAAUGUUCAUGAUGUUUGUGGUUUCUUCAAACUUCAGAAUAGGUGCAUUAUGCUGUUUCUCCACCAUUUAAACACCAUUGUGCAACAUCAAGCCAUAACAGAGUUGUAUAGAACCCUGACUUAUGUUUGAUUUC